CUUCCUUCAUCAUACAACAACAAACAUGCCACCAAGGGAAGAUCGUAUCAUAAUCCUAACAACGGGUGCACGUUGGACAAGAGCUGUUCAUGGAAUAUAUGAGUUAUUUCAACGUCCAACAAUUCAAAUACCAACUCGUGUAGGAAGAAGGAAUAACACUUCCACAUCCUCAACAAUCGAUUCCAGCGAAUACAUCGUUGGAGCAGAAUUGGAUGAAUUAAUCGCACGACAUGAGCGAAUUGAUGUAGUUUAUCCAAUCAGAGGUGGAAAAGUGAAAGAUUGGGAUGCUCUUUUGGCCAUUUGGCGACACAUCCUUCUCAAUCAAUUACACCUUCGAAUUUCGCAAAAUGAUUGCCCUCUGCUUGUCUCUUUACCGCCAAACCUUUCGCGAGAUGAUCAAGCAUAUGCUACCAGACUCUUGUUCGAAAAUUUCAACCUUCCAAGCUUGAGUAUUGCAGAAGAACCUAUUUUGAGUUCUUAUGCUGCCGGUGCUCUAACUUCUACUGUUGUCGACUUUGGUUGGGAAAAUUGCACAGUUUCACCAGUGAUGGAAAACGUUGGUGUAAUUCAUACUGCCGUUCAACGUUCAAGCGUUGGAAUACGGCAUAUCGCUCUUUAUCUUGCCCAUCUUUUGAGCAGAGAUGAAAGUGUAGUACAAGCUUUGAUCAAACUUGAUGCAACCCGUUCAGCAAGAAGUACCGCUAAUGUGGAUCAAGAAAGUGCAGGCGAUCUACUUGCAAUCAGAUUGUUUGAAUUGGCUGUUGAAUUGAUCAAAGAAGGAAAAGUACGAGCUGCAGGUCAAGGAGGUGAAGGAGAAGGUGCUCAUGCACGUGGGCGACAUCGUGAGGAUGAGGCAGAAUUUGAUGUUGCAGCUGCAUUAGUAGCAGGACGUGAAAAAGCAGCAAUUGAAGAACAGGAAAGGAAAAACAAAGCUGCUUUAGAAGCUGCAAAUAAGGCAAGCGAAGAGACGGGCGUGGCCGUUCCUGCAGAAGCAGAAGCAUUGACAGCCGCAGACGGAACAUCGGCUGAUGCACAAGCAGGAGCGACUGACGAGGAAGGAUCAGAAACGAUCGUCUUCCAAGGUCUACGUGUUCGUGUAUCUCCUGGUCCAUUACUGCAAGCAUCAGAAGUUCUUUGGGACCCAAGCGUAUUGUUGAACAUGCGAGGAAGUUUGGCUAAAUCUUCAGCCAGAUCGAUGGGACAGUAUGACUUCGGCAUCAAUGGUUCUGUUCAUGAAGAUUUCACAGUCAUGCGUUCGCUAACGGAGACUAUCUCUGCUGCAAUCAACAGUGUUGUGGACGUAGACCGUCGUCCGCAAUUAUGGGAAACACUUUUACCUACCGGAGCACCGGCAAAAUUGAUUGCAAACAUCAACACUGCUAUCGUUAAAGCAUCACAUGCAUAUUUGGCCAGUAAUGCUGAUAAUGCACCUGGAACGACAGCUUUGGCAGGCUUUGGUGGUGCACAACCAACAACGGCAAGAUGCAUCAAAACGCCAGACUAUUUUGCUGAAUUCAAAGAUCGAACAGAUUUAGCACCAUUUUUGGGAGCGACAAUAUAUGCUAAAUUAGCAUUCACCGAUCCUUAUGGACGCUUGGUCACAUCUAAAGCUGUUUACAACGAGAAAGGUCCUUCGGCAUCCUUCCUUAUCUCUGCUCCGUCAUAG